CGCGGCUCCAUCAGUGCUGAACGUCUCCAUAAAGUGGAAAUCAACACUGUUUUAACCCUCGGUGUGUGUGUGUGUUUGUGUGUUUCAGCGUCGGUGCCGCAGUUCACCAACUCCCCGACCAUGAUCGUGAUGGUGGGACUGCCGGCCAGAGGCAAAACCUACAUCUCCAAAAAGCUCACCAGAUACCUCAACUGGAUCGGAGUGACAACCAGAGCGUUUAACGUCGGGCAGUACAGAAGAGACGCCACACGCGCCUACAACAGCUUCGAGUUCUUCAGACCCGACAACGCAGAGGCCAUGAAGAUCCGCAAGGCCUGCGCCAUCUCCGCCCUGAAAGACGUGUGUGACUACUUCACCAGAGCGCAGGGGCAGGUGGUGGUUUUUGAUGCCACCAACACGACAGCGGAGCGCCGAGAGAUCAUCCUCAGCUUUGCCAAAGAAAACGGAUACAAGGUUUUCUUUGUGGAGUCAAUAUGUGACGAUCCAGACAUCAUCGCCUCCAAUAUUAAAGUAAGUAAAGUGUGUGUGUGUGUGUGUGUGUGUGUGUGUGUGUGCGCAUACGGUGUUUCUAGGAUUUGAGGACACUGGGGGCUU